AAAGUAUUACGUAAUUUAAUGUUUUAUUAUAUUUUUUUCCCCUUAGUUAUAGAUGAUUAUCAUAUUUUGUUUUAAUGUCUUAGAAAUAAGAAUUCUAUGUUCAUAUUUUAUCAAGAAAGGAAAAAAAACUGUAUCCAUUCCGUAAAAAAAGGGGGAAAUGAGAUUUUAAUUACGCUUCAUUUCAUGAGAAAGUAAAGAUUUUACAAAAUUUUAUUAUAAACCAAUAGAUAUGAAAUGGAACAAUCCAAUGUAAAUUUAAAACGUAAUUCUGAACUAUCUAAAGAUGAUAAUCAAAUUGAAUUUAUACAAGAUAAUCCAUGUUGUGCUUCUUCUUCAUCUUCUCCUCAUCCUUUUCCUCCUCCUCAAAAUAUAAUAUUAUCAAAACAAGAACCAAAUGACUUUAAUGAUAAUUCAAUUAAAGGUUUACAAAUAUCUAAAACAAAAUUAAAUACAAUUUCAAAUGAAGAUGUUCGAAGACAAUCAAGUGUACAUUCUGAACAAACAUUAAAUAUUGCACAUCAUUUAUAUCCUACAACAUCUUUAUCGCAUACAUCAUCAGCUUUUUCAAGUUAUUUAAGAAUUCCAUCUAUUUAUGAACAAAUGAAUGAAAAAGUUGUAUCCACACAUUCAGCUGAUUGGUCAAAAUCAUUACAUAGAUCAAGUUGUUUUAAUACACCACAAAGUUUAAGUGAAGAAGAUCAAAAAUUUACACAAGCAACAGUUCGUGCUGUAUUAGCUGCUAGUGCUAGAGAAUCUCGUACAGCAUUAACUGAUUUACCAUUAGAUUUUUUUAUAAAUAAUUCAGAUUUAUCUAAUAUUGAUAAUAAAUUAAAUUCAUUAUCAGUUCAACAAUUAUCACAUAGAAAUUUAUCUACUGAAAAUGCAUUAAAUAUUCAUAGAUUAAAUUUACCAUCAUCAAAAUUUCAUGAUGAAUGUAAAGAACGUAGAACUAAUCGAAAAUUUAGUGCACUUUAUGUUCAUAGUUUUGAUGAUACAAUACAUGAUAGUGUAUUAUUAUUGAAAAGAGAUAAAUCACCAAUUCCUAAUACAUCAUUAAAUUCUAAUAAUAUAAUACUUAAUAGUACUACUAAUCUAUCUAAUUCUAUACAAUUACCUUAUAUACAAACAUCAAAUAAAAAUAUUCUGAUUACUACUAAACAAAAUCCAAAAUCAUUAAAAAAUUUCGCUAGACAAACAUCGCAUUCAAUAAAUAGACCAUUAAAACGUUUAGCUGCUAGUUUUCGUUUAACUAAAAAUAUUCGACAUUCAUCAUCAGUAAAUUAUAAACAACAUUCUUGUAUAAAUGUCCCUUUAAAAUCUGAUAUUGUUUCCAGUUGGAAUUCUGUUUCAAAUUGUAUUGAUUCUAUACAAAAUACUACAAAUACUACUACUACUACUAAUAAUAAUAAUGAUAUCAGUAGUAGUUGUAAUAAUAAUGGGACCAAUAUACGUACACGUAAUGUAAUUCUUCAAACAGAUCAAGAUUUUAUUAAUGAAUUUAAACAUGAUAAAAGUUUACAUAAAGGACAUUUAUCAUUAAAUGAUUCAAUGGAUCAUGAAACGGAUAGUUUAUUAAGUCAAGAUGAUAAACCAAGUGGUAGUUCAUUUCAUUUAAAAGAACAAUUUUUUGCAUUUUUUCAACCAACUGGUAAUAAAUUAGCAAUGAAAUUAUUUGGUACUAAAUUAGCAUUAGAUAGAGAAAGAUUAAGACAAGAACAACAAGGUGAUUGGAUUAUACAUCCUUGUAGUAAUUUUCGAUUUUAUUGGGAUUUAAUCAUGUUAUUAUUGUUAAUUGCAAAUCUUAUUAUUCUACCGGUGGCAAUCUCUUUCUUCAAUGAUGAUCUAAGUAUACAUUGGAUUGUAUUCAAUUGUGUAUCGGAUACAGUAUUUCUAAUUGAUAUUGGUGUGAAUUUUCGCACAGGAAUAAUAAAGAAUAAUUUUGCAGAUGAAAUUAUGCUCAAUCCUAAGGAAAUUGCACGACAAUAUUUGAAAACAUGGUUUCUUCUAGAUUUAUUAAGCUCAUUACCAUUGGAUUAUAUUUAUCUUAUAUUACAUGAUAAUGAAAAUUUUACACAAUUUGUUCACGCUGGCCGUGCACUAAGAUUUCUACGAUUUGUAAAACUUUUAAGUUUAAUACGACUUUUAAGAUUAUCUCGACUGGUUCGUUAUGUUAGUGAAUGGGAAGAAUUUAUUAAUUUAGCAAGUAAAUUUAUUGGGAUAUUUAAUCUUGUUUUAUUACUUCUCCUACUUGGACAUUGGAAUGCUUGUUUACAAUUUCUUAUACCAAUGUUACAUGAUUAUCCAGUAGAAAGUUGGGUGGCCAAAGGUAAACUACAAAAUGCUUAUUGGUUUGAUCAAUACACUUGGGCUUUAUUUAAAGCUAUGUCACAUAUGUUAACUAUUGGUUAUGGAAGAUAUCCACCUACCAGUUUAAGUGAAGCAUGGGUUACAGUGAUAAGUAUGGUUACUGGAGCUACUGGAUAUGCUUUAUUUGUUGGUCAUGCGGCAGCAUUAAUACAAUCAUUUGAUUGUUCAAAACGUCUUUACAGAGAGAAAUUUAAACAAGUGGAUGAAUAUAUGGCAUAUAGAAAACUUCCACGUGGUUUACGUAAACGUAUUGCUAGUUAUUAUGAACAUCGAUAUCAAGGGAAAAUGUUUAAUGAAAAUGAAAUUCUCAAUGAACUUUCAGAAUGUUUAAAAGAGCAAAUUAUCAAUUACAAUUGUCGAGCUUUAGUUGCUGCUGUACCAUUUUUCACAUUUGCUGACCAAAAUUUUGUCUCAGAAGUAGUUGUUAAAUUACGUUAUGAAGUGUUUCAACCAGGUGAUUUGAUUAUUAAAGAAGGUACAAUUGGUACAAAAAUGUAUUUUAUUCAAGAAGGUAUAGUGGAUAUUGUUACAAGAGAUGGUGAAGUAGCCACUAGUCUGUCAGAUGGUUCAUAUUUUGGAGAAAUAUGUCUAUUGACAAACGCUCGCCGUGUAGCAAGUGUUCGAGCAGAGACAUAUUGCAAUGUUUAUUCAUUAGAUAGAGCAAGUUUUUUGGAAGUAUUAGAUAAUUAUCCAUUAAUGCGUCGAACUAUGGAAUCUGUUGCAGCUGAACGUUUAAAUAAAAUUGGACGUGAUCCUUUAGUUGUUAGCAAUCGUAAAGAUUUGUAUGAUGAUUUAAAACUAGUGAAUGAAAUAGUAAAUCAGGCUAUUCGUGAAACAGAUGAUGUACAAAUCGAAGGAGAAACCGAAGAUAGCAUUGAUGAAGACGGUAUUGAUAAUUGUAGAACUGGUGAUAAUAUGAAUACUACUACUACUACUACUAAUGAUCAUAUUAGUAGUCAAUGUCGUAAUAAUCAUAAACAUAAUCCUAAUGAACGAAAUUAUCAAUUAUGUAAAAAAAUUAAUAAAUUCUCACAUCCAGUAAAUUAUUUUAAACGACGUAAAUCAUCACAUUGGAAUACAUUAUUAUUACGUAAAAGUUCUGAACCUGAAUGGUGGAAUCAUUCAACGAAUAAUCGAUCUAGUACAUCAACUUUAUUCAAUACAAAUCUACGUAAAUGGUAUCAUAUAAAACAAGGUAAAUUAAAUCAAUCAAAAAUCAUUAAAAAAACUAAAAGUGUAGAUCAUUUAAAUUUAUUAAAAGUAACAUCAUCGAAUUUAGUAAAUAAUUGGCAAAUCACAAAAUCAACACCGGUGAAUGUAACAGUUUCUGUUAUUCAUGAUCAUGAUCAUGUAUCAUUGAAAGAAUCAACUAUAUCAAGUAUACCAAUUAAAUUGAAUGAACAAACUAAUGAAAAUGAUCUUCCAAUCAAUAAUCAAUAGAAAUAAUCUAUAUAUCAAUAUACUUUAAACAGUUAUUAUUAUUAUUAUUAUUAUUAUUAUUAUUACGUAAUGUAACCCAAUGAAAUGGUCUAUCUACAAUAAAGAGAUGCAUUUACUUAACUAUAUUAAACAUUCAUACAAAUAUCAUUUGUGAAUACUAAAUGUAGAAUUAGUAAAUUAUUAUUAUUUAAAUAAACAAUCUAUUUCUUUACAUACAUUGAUAUCUCUUAUGAAGAUGUUUUAAGUUCAAUGAUUGAAAUCAUGAAUCCAUUGAAGUUAGAUCAUUAUGAAAAACUUGGAAACACUGGAAGGCUGUUUCGUUGUAUUAUGGGACUCUUUAGCAGUGUACAUUCAUGAUUCUACAAUAGGACGAAACGGACUAUGUAGCGCUUUCAUGUUUAAUUUUUUCUCAUGAUAGUCUAUCUUCAAUGGACUCAUGAUUUCAAUCAUUGAAAUUACUGGAAUAUCCACAAACACUCUUCGAAUAUUUUAAUGUAUUUGUUCAGUGGUUGUGAAAGAGUCUAAUUUGUUUAUCAUUAUCUAUAUACAUAUACCUGUUGAUUAAACAAUCUAUUCAAUUAGAUUAUAUUCUUAUUGUUAUCAUUGUCAAUAGUUUAUUAUUCUUUUUGUCACAGUUUGUUUACUUUCUUUUUUUUCAACUUAGAACUAUGUGUUAGUACCAUUGGUUAAUUAAUGUCACUUUGAAAGCGGGUACUUUUCCCCCAUCAGUACUAGUCACACAACUAUCACAAUCAUUAAAUAUCUUUUAUUUAUCAUGUAAUUUCUCAUUGAAUAAUCAAUUGAUUAAGGCAUUUUCAACGAGAUGAACAUCGAAUCCAUACAACAUUAAUAUUAUAUUCAGAUUGGAUUAAAGUGUUCAGUAUUAUUUAUUGUUCAGUAUAAACGUAAUAAACGUGAAUACAGUUGAAGACAAUUGAUUGUAUUUUUGGUAAAAUAUAAGAACUAUACACUAAAAUAUAUUUCAUUUUCAAAUUUUCAUCAUUUGUUCUUCAUAUUCUGUAUAAUUCUCCAAGUUCUUCUUAGUUUUCUAUUGCCAGGUUUUCCAUUUCCGAUUGGUGUUAUAUACUACUUAUAUCAGUCAGCAUAAGUAGCAUGCAUUA